AUGUCGUCGGCGAGCGCCAACCAGCAGCACAAGAACCUCAUCGGCCACCGCAUCGCCGAGGGGCGUCUCGAGCUCGUCCAGGUGCUCGGCCUCGGUGCCUACGGCGUCGUCUACCUCGCACGAGACCUUCACCAGCACCAAGGCGCCUAUGCAUCCACCUCUUCACACCAGGCCUCGUUAUCGCUCUUGGCCGCCAAGGAGUGUCACGCUUCCGGCUACUACGCCGUCAAGUGCCUCAACAAGGUCGGCCUCGAUGCUCGCCAGCGUGCCUUUCAGCGUCGUGAGAUCAUGCUCCACACCAUGGCCUCCAGUCACCCCAACGUCGUCAGCCUUCACCGCGUCAUCGACGACCCACAAGACCCAUGCGUCUACGUCGUGCUCGACUACUGCCCCGAUGGCGACCUCUUCAGCAUGAUCACCGAGACGCAGCGCUACAUGCUGCCCAGCGCCGUCACCCGCGCCGCCGAGGCACAGGGCAUCGAAGUCGCCUUCACCACCGAGCGUCUCAAGAUGGACGCCCUCAUCCGCGACGUGUUUGACCAGAUCCUCGACGCCGUCGAGUUCUGCCACCGCAUGGGCAUCUACCACCGCGAUCUCAAGCCCGAGAACAUCCUCUGUCUGCGUGGCGGCGCCAAGGUGGUGCUCGCCGACUUUGGACUGGCAACAGGCGACAAGACCAGCUCCGACUUUGGAUGCGGCAGCACCUUCUACAUGGGUCCCGAAUGCCAGGGCGGCAUCACGCGCCGACUCACCAGCUACAGCACCGCCGCCAACGACGUGUGGUCGCUCGGCGUCAUCCUCGUCAACCUCAUCUGCGGCCGCAACCCGUGGAAGCAGGCGUGCCCCGCCGACGACACCUUCCGCGAGUAUCUGCGCAACCCCGACUUCCUCAAGGAGAUCCUGCCCAUCUCGGACGGCAUCAACUCGAUCCUCAAGCGCGUCUUCACCUUCCGCGCCGAGGCGCGCUGCACCAUCGCCGACCUUCGACGCAUGGUGCGCGGCGUCGACCGUCUCACCGCCACCUCGGCAGAGAUCAAGGCUCGCCAGCAGAUGGCUCGCCAGGCCGCCGCCGAAGCACAUGCUGCCCGUCAGGCCGAGAAGGCCGCCGCCGCCGCCGCCUACCGCGAGCAGCAGCGCCAGCAGCAGGCCAUGUUUGAGGCCGCCCGCGCCGCCCACGCUCACCCUCACGCUUACGACCCGGCCACCAGGGUCGUCCGCCACGUCGCCGCCGCCCGCAAGCCCGAGUGUGCCCGCGUCGCUCACCACCCACAGGUCGCCACCUUCGACAAGAUCUCGCAGCCGGUCGUGUAUGCUGAUGACCAUGCUGGUUACGUCGCUCACGGCGAAGCCACCGCCAUCGACGACGACUCGGCAGCUUAUGAGAACUACUCGGACUCGGAGCUGGACAGCAGCAGCUGCGAGGGCGAUGGCUCCUUCUCGCCGUCGGAUGCCCCCGACGGCUCCGACGAGGGUCGCCACCAGCAGGCCUGCGUGGAUUGGUCGCGCCACCCGAUCGCCCGCCCUGCACAGGAUCACCUGGACCGCGGCGCCGGAUCCAACUACACGAGCAUGAGCGAUGUGCACGCAUCCGGCGCGAGUGUGGCGCCUUCGACAGCUGCCCGUGGUGCGAUGGUGCCGAUGCACAGCUCGACAUCGAUGGACGAGCGCGAGGGCCAGUCGGACGACUGCUCGAGCCGCAGCGGCAGCGGCGAGUCGCGCCGCAGCUCGGCUUCCUACACGGGCCUGCCGCCCACGCCGCAGUUUGUGCCUCACAGCGUCGAGGAGAACGUGCAGCGCAGCGCCGACUACUCGCCCACGCCAGCCAGCAAGUUUGCGGCGCCGGGUCAGGUGAGCGUCGUCGGCGGUGCCGAUGAAAGCCUGCUGGUGGGCGGCAAGGCAUCCACGCGCGGUCUUCCCGCCCGCUGGCUGCAGAGCCGCUGGGACCAGGACGCGGCGUCGCUGGCCAAGGUGCAAGAGACUUCGGCCGUGAUUGGCAGCUACGCAGGCGGCAGGCAGUACGCUAGUGUCCCCUCUCGUCGACAGCGCCCGGUGGGGCUGGGUCAUCAUGGUGCGCAUCCGCCCAUGCCUGCACCCUACUAA